AUGAAUCCCCUCGACCUAGACGAAUUCAAGAGGCAAGGUUACAUGAUGAUUGACUCACUCGUUGAUUAUUAUCGUAAUGUGGCUAACUUCCCAGUUCUGAGCCAAGUUCAACCUGGUUACCUCCGAAAAAUGCUGCCAUCCUCUGCUCCAAGUAAACCUGAAACCUUUGAAACCAUACUCCGGGAUGUUCAAGACCACAUCGUCCCAGGAAUCACACAUUGGCAGAGUCCUAACUACUUUGCGUACUUCCCCAGCAGUAGCAGUACCGCAGGUUUCAUGGGCGAGAUGUUAAGCAUGGGGUUUGGUGUUGUCGGGUUCAAUUGGAUUUCAUCACCUGCUGCGACUGAACUUGAAAGCAUCGUCAUGGAUUGGCUUGGACAAGCUCUGAAACUCCCAGAGAGUUUUCUUUUUUCAAGUAACGUUGGAGGCGGCGUUUUGUUAGCGACAACCUGUGAGGCCAUUUUGUGUACCCUUGUGGCUGCAAGAGAUGAAAAGCUUCGCCAUGUGGGGAAGGAGAACCUAAAGAAGCUUGUCGUUUAUGGGUCUGAUCAAACUCAUAGUGCUUUUCAAAAAGCUGCUCAUGUGGCAGGAAUCCACCCAGAAAAUCUCAGGGUCAUCAAAACCAACAAGUCAGGUUCAUUCGCUUUGUCACCACAUUCACUCCGUUCUGCAGUAACCAAGGACGCGGAAAAUGGGCUGGUUCCUUGUUUUCUUUGUGUGACUGUGGGAACUACGACAACUACUGCUGUUGAUCCUAUUGGCCCAUUAGGUGACGUGGCAAAGGAGUAUGGCAUUUGGGUCCAUGUGGACGCUGCUUAUGCAGGUGGGGCCCUUAUUUGCCCUGAGUUCAGGCAUUUCAUCAUUGAUGGAAUUGCAGGGGUCAACUCGUUUAGCUUCAAUGCACAUAAAUGGUUUUUCACUAAUUUGACUUGUUGUUGCCUUUGGGUGAAAGAUUCUUCUUCUUUGACAAAUUCCCUCUCAACAAAUCCUCAUUACCUGAGAAACAAAGCUUCAGAAUCAAGCCAAGUGAUCGACUACAAAGAUUGGCAGAUAGCAUUAAGCAGGAAAUUUCAGUCCCUGAAACUAUGGUUUGUGCUUCGCAGCUAUGGCCUGGACCUCAGAAACUUCCUCCGCAAGCAUGUGAAAAUGGCCAAAACUUUUGAAAACCUUGUGAAGCAGGAUAAGAGGUUUGAGGUAUUUGUGCCAAGGUAUUUUUCUCUGGUUUGCUUUAGGGUUUCACCUGAUCAUGAGCUCAACGGGAAAAUCAUAAACGAUGAUGAUGAACAUCUUGUGAACGAAAUCAACAGUAAAUUGCUGGAUUUAAUCAACGGUUCAGGCAAAGUGUUUAUGACUCAUGGUAAGGUCGACGGCUUUGUGAUUAGGUGCGCGAUUGGUGCCACAUUAACUGAGGAACAA